AUGUCGAGUGUGAACCCUCAUUCUGUGCGUAAUGCCAUGGUAACACCCACUGAGCGGCAGACACAUGCAAGGGAGGCAGAUAUUAAGUGUGUGUGUGUGAGCAGCGAUGUGUAUGUGAAAGCUAAACCAAUGGAGCCCAACAGCAAGAGAGAAAGCAAGAGCAAUCAGCCCAUAAACACAGCUGAUUAUCUGCCAUGCAUGCGGGCCAAAAUGAGUAGAGAAGCGCGGAGCAGGUUUGAUGGAGCGUCAGCGGGAGACGCAGAGGAUAUGGACGGAGAAGAAGAAGACGCUCACAGCAGACAUUCAUCAGUGCUGUGGGAAAGACACAUUGAGCAAAGUAUAUUUGUGGAUAUCAGUGAUGAUGACAGCCUGCAUUUCAGCGACAUGCAGGGCGCCUUCACUGUCCACCUCUCACAGGACACUGGUGCACCUGAGAGCCCGAAACUCACUGAUAAUGCAGAGUUGUCAGAGUCAUGUGAGACUGAAGAGGGCUCAUCAGAGAGUGUCGAAUCAGUCAAUAGUGAACACACAAAGCAUUCAAACACCAGAGACAGGAAGGGAAACGUGAUCAAGGCGGCAAUGCAGAAACUCAAAACUGCAGUAAAGCCAAUCAUUGGAACACAUGAGGAUGAUGCUGUCAACACCAGUGACGAAGAACAUGAAGAGCUCCCAUAUGAUGCAAUAGAGGACAUGGCUCCUCCCUUAGCCACACCUAUUCAACCUGCAAACCACAUCACUGACUUCCUGCUCAGACACUUCUCCCAGGAGGAGCUGCUUAACUCAAGCAGGAUCAUUGAAGCAGAGACCCUACCUGAGAUGUCUUUGAUGGACAGCAUUGAUGAAACCGUGCUGAGUAGAGCUUCUCGGGCUCCACAGGUCGGCAAAGGAGAGGGAGAGAAGAUUCAGGAUGUGAUGGAGGAACCUGAUCCCAGCACUUCUGGAAGUCAUGGAGUGGUUGAAAUAAACAUUCCAGAUGAGUCGAGCUCAUCUAAGAAACCUGGAACGACUUGUAUCAUUGAUGAUGAUGAUGAUGAUAAAGAAUGUCCUAAGCAGAACAGCAGUGCUAACUCUCUAGAUCUAUCUAAAGCAGAUGCACAGAAUCCUAAGUGCUCCUUCAGCAGGACCAGGUCCUACAGUGAGCUGAAAUACGGACAGGGAAAGGUGCAUUACCCCCUACCUGACUUCUCUAAAGUGGCACCUAAAGUCAAAAUACCAAAAGGUAAUGGAAGCGUUAAACCCGUCAACCAGUCACCAGCUAUGACCCGAGCCCAGUCGUCCCCAGGCAUUCUGGGUAAAUCCACCUCCUCUUGUAAAGCUACAGCAGAUAUCAUCAGCAGGGUUUUAGAGGACUCCAUGCCACCGGAGAAGCACAAUGUGUUUACAGACAAGGAAGUAGCGCAUCAGUUACAGGCUGAAUAUGACAGAUUGCUCGCUAAAUACACAGAAGCUGAAAACCUAAUUGGUCAGCAGAUUCAUGCUUCCAGUGAGCCGUCUGUGUCCAUCGACUGGAACGAUGCAACUAGCAACAAUGACAACACCGAAGCCAUUGUAUUUCUUUCUCCAGCUGAAUACUGUGAUAUUUUACACUUACAUUUGCGUCCUCACAUCUUGAGUAUAUGUUCAACAGGUCCAAGUGAGAAGCAGUUUAGUCUUCACAACUCUGUACCUGUGCUGACUGAAUCACAGAGCCCGACAGAUGGAGAAAGACUAACCUCUGAGCUCAGAGACAUCAUCAGAUCAUUUACGCAGAAGGUGGAUGAAUUCAAACCAUGUGUCACCACCAUGUCAAUGAAUGUGGAGGAGCAACAGAUGGUGCUGAAGAGCAUGAUGGAAGCCCAGGAUCAGCUGGAGAGGAAUUACCUCACAAAGAGGGAGGAGCAUCGUGCUCUGGAGAUGCAGAACUACAGGGGUCUAGCCAGAAACACAGGAGAGUUUGACCCUGACAGGGAGGUCGAGGGGCAGAUUUUCAGGAUAGGCAUGCACCUGGAGGACAUAAAAGAGCAGAUCGACAGAAACGUCUGCCAUGUUUACUAUCCUCCUUCGUCAUCCUUCACUCCAUCUCCUCCUCCUUGUGAAAAUAUCCCUCUCUCAUCAUCCCAUCCAUCACUGCAUGAGGAGUUGGACUUCAGCAUCUCCUCGGUCAGACACAACAUGGAGGACAAUGAUGAUGAAGAGGCCAGUGAAGAUCACAGAGCUGACGAGCCUUUUCCCGGCUGCACAGAAAACCGCUUUUAUCUACAGUAUUCCACCUUCUCCACUGAAACGCCUGGAACUGCCAAUGAGGAAGAGGAGGACAGACUAACAACAAGAGAGGAAGACAACAUCCUGGCACAACUGUCCAACUCAACUUCAUUAAAGAAGCUGACAUACGAUAGGUACGAAGAGAAGAUCAGACCCAGUGAAGCCUCGUUCCCUUCUGUAGGAGCGUCUGCUGGACACUCUCCUCAGCCAGCCACAGACAAAACACAGAGAUUUUUAAGUCCAGAAACUGACAGCGGCUUUGGCAGUUUUGACCUGAGCCGUCCAAACACAGGACUGUCCAAAACACCUCCUAGUGCUGUGAGUUCUGCGCUCUCAGAUGAUGUCAUUAGCAUGGCGAGUAUGAGCGGUCCGGACAGUGAAGCCUCCCACUCCAAUGUACGAACAACUAUAUCAAUGGCACCAAGACCCGUGCAGCCCACAGUAAAUCACCUGGAAUUUGAACAGCUGGUUCCACCAGGCAUGGAAGCAAAAACCAUUACCCAGAAUGCAACUGUUAGAGUUUCAAAAGAGAAUGCCGCAUCAGUAGGUGGCGCCACUCCCACGCAUAACCAGGUGACUGAAGGAAGAAAAGACCUUCGGCUGGGAAAGAGCCAUUCUGCAAAUGAGAUGCACUCAGCAUCACACUGUUCAUGUCACAAUAGUGAGGUUAUCCUCGCACUGCAGUAUGAGGUGUCUCGCCUCAAGAGGGCGCUAGAGGAGAGUCUUGGUCACCUGCCUCAUGUGAGCAAGAGGACUGAUUAUCUGAAUGGCAGGUGUCCGUUGGAGAAGAAGCACAAGGGACAGACCCGUGGCCAGAACAGAGCUGCCUCCAGCAGACGUGCAAAGACAGACUCAAACCCUCAGAAGAUUGAGGACUGGAUCUCUUCUGAUAUGGAGCUCAGCAAGAGCAAAGAUGGUGAAGAUUCAGAUCACACUAUGAGUUUCCAGAGAGCCUUCAGUCCACCGUAUGGACAAAUACGCACCCGCUUUGGUGCUCCUGCUGAGAAGAGGUCACAUGACUCCAAAACAUCAUCCAGGGCCUCAGCGGAGAGCUUUCCUUUGGACACAUCUCAGUUCAGCCAGUCUGGAAGCCAUCGGAGAGUAAGCGUUGGGCCAACGAUCCACAGCAUCAACACUGAGCCAACCAACAAAAGUGCCAGCUACAGACCUGCAGUGGGAAACUUAAGGAAUAUCUUCUUAAAUAGCACACAUCCUGCCCCUUCUAUUCCUGCUCAUCUAUCCCAUAAGCCUCUGCUGCAGGUCAACUAUGGCUCAUCCUGUAGUCUACCUGCUGGGUUCAAAGUGCGAGAUCAAGCAUCUGAACCAGUGUCCAGUAGGAGGCGCUCUACUCAAUCUGACUCAGCACUGCUUCCCAGUAACAUCUUCUUUCAACGGACCUCGCCUCGGACUACUGGAAGACGACAACACACCAGCAGAGAGGAAUCAAUACAUAAGACGCUGGACAAGGCCCUGCAGGCAGCUUUUGUAAUGAAGCAGACCACGGACAGGAUGGCGGACGCUCUCUCUGCUGACCUGGCCAAGGCUCAACUCCAGAAGAAGUUACAGGGCCUGCGUCCUCUCAGCAGCAGAGCGGGCAGCUAGCAGUGCUGGAAUUCACUCUUUACAG